AUGAAUAAUUAAAGAGACAUUUAAUGUAUUUUACUUCUUAUAAUAAAUAUAUUUUUUUUCAGAUAAGCAUGGAAGUAUUUUUUAUUUUUACUUUACUUUUCGGAUUGGUAUUUGGUGCGGAUGAAGUUAUACAAUUAGACCAAGGAAAGUUGAUUGGUAGUAGUAUGAAGACAAGAAAUGGACGAGAAUUCAAAGCAUUUCAGGGGAUACCUUAUGCCAAAUCACCAACUGGAGAUCUUAGGUUUAAGGAUCCAUUACCAGCCGAUCCAUGGAUAGGUGUAUUAAAUGCUACUACUGAACCACAACUAUGCAUUCAGAGGAAUUUGUUUUUUUAUCAACAAGAGGAUAUUCUUGUCGGUUCAGAGGACUGUCUGUAUAUCAAUGUGUACACUCCAAAAAUACCAAAAAAAGGUGAUAGAGAAUUGCUUCCAGUUAUGGUGUGGAUUGCUGGUGGUGGUUAUUUUGCGGGUUCAGGCGGUCAAAGUAUAUACGGUCCACAAUAUUUGUUAGAUAAAGAUAUAGUUCUAGUUACUAUGAAUUAUAGAGUCGGAAUUCUUGGAUUUUUAAGUACCGAAAACAAUGAUUUGCCAGGAAAUUAUGGUAUGAAAGACCAAGUAUUAUCUCUAAAAUGGGUAAAAAAAAAUAUUAAUAAAUUUGGUGGUUCUCCAAAAAAAGUUACGAUAUUUGGAGAAAGUGCUGGAAGUUCUUCUGUUGGGUUACAUUUAUUAUCUCCAAUGAGCAAAGGAUUGUUUCAAAAAGCAAUAAUGGAAAGUGCAACGCCAUUAAAUCUUUGGGGAGUAACUCCACCGGGAUAUGCUAAACGAAGAGCUUCAGCUGUUUCAACUAUUGCUGGGUGCCCUGAAGAUCCAAAACAAAUGCUUCAAUGUUUGAAAGAAUUGCCUGCAAAAGUUUUGGUGAACAUUUAUAACAGUUUUUUUGAGUGGAGAAAUUAUCCAAUUAUUAAUUUCAUGCCUGUUGCUGAAAAUUGUGAUGAUAAAAAAAAAGAAUCGUUUUUAUGCAAAUAUCCUUUGCUUGAUUUUAAACAAAUAUCGAAAGUUCCAGUUUUAAUGGGAAUGAACACUGGAGAGGGUGGUAUUUUUGCCUCUCGAAUGUAUAACGCAACUGAUCUUGUGUAUACUGAGUUGAAAGAAGAUUUCGACCAUUAUGUUUCGUCAUUUUUAGAAUACAGGUAUACGACAAAGUAUUCAGAUAUUUCAGUAAUUGGUGACAAGGUAUUCGAACGAUACUUUCCUGAUGGGACUUUGAAUGAUCCGUUGAAUGCUGUUAAAAUGAUUUCUGGUGGUCUUUUUUUACACGGUAUCUUUAAGAUGGCAAUUAAUUUAUCGCGACCGGUGUACUAUUACUUAUAUGAUCAUUUGAAUUAUAUAUCAUUUAAUUCAGUAUAUGGACCGUAUCCAUUUCCUAAAAAAUUAGGCGUGACGCAUGCUGAUGAAAUAACCAGUUUAUUUUAUACCGCGGAACGUGGAGAUCUGGUGGGAGAGGACCUCAGUGUAUCAAAUCUUAUGGUGAACAUAUGGACAAAUUUUGCCUCCGCCAACACCAUUACAAUUGAUGGUUCGAAGAAAGGAGAAAAAUGGCCGAAAUUCACCACCAAAAAAUAUGAAUAUGUUUUUAUUAAUACAAGUACCCCUGUAAUUAAACAAAGACCGUAUAAUGACGAAUAUGAAUUUUGGGAUAAUUUGCCAUUGUUAUCUGGAUUGAAUAAUAAAGCUCAACGAUCAGAAAAAAAUGAACUUCUCAAUAUGCAUUACAUCGUGUUGGUCGUUUUUGCGUUAUUUUUCGAGUUUGUCUUUUCCACCGGUCCGCAGAUAAAUGUAAACGAAGGCCAGUUGAAAGGAAAACAAUUUCUGUCAAGAAGUGGACGGAAUUUUUUUGCAUAUCAAGGAAUACCAUAUGCAAAACCACCUGUAGGACAGCUUCGAUUUAAGGCACCGGAACCAAUUGGUCCAUGGAAAGGCGUAUUGAACGCUACGUCGGAGCCGUCCAUGUGUAUUCAAAAGAAUCUUUUCAUGUACCAGACAUCUAAUGUCCUCUUGGGCAGUGAAGAUUGUCUAUAUUUAAACGUCUACACGCCUAGGCUGCCCAAAAUAGGCGUAAAAAAUUUACCUGUCAUGGUAUGGAUUCCCGGAGGAGGUUUUAGUGCGGGACAUGGUGGCAUGAGACUUUAUGGUCCUAAGUUUCUAAUGGAUAAGGACAUUGUUUUGGUUACAAUCAAUUACAGGUUAGGAAUUCUCGGUUUUUUGAGCACUGAAGAUGACAUAUUGCCUGGAAAUUACGGUUUGAAAGAUCAGGUAUUAGCACUCCGUUGGAUACAAGAUAAUAUUUCCAAAUUUGGCGGUGAUAAUAAAAAAGUUACCUUGUUCGGAGAGAGUGCAGGAGGGGCAAGUGUGGGUAUGCAUUUACUGUCACCAUUAAGUAAAGGACUAUUUCAUAAAGCAAUCUUACAAAGUGGAAGUCCAUUUUGUUCAUGGGCUGUCUUGCCACCGGGCUUAGCUGAACGACGUGCCAAAGCUGUUGCUACAAUAACUGGCUGUCCUCCCAAUUCAAAAGAUAUGAUUGACUGUUUAAGGCUCUUACCUGCCGAAACGUUUGUGCAAUUGCAAAGGAACUUUUUCGAAUGGGAAGUUCAUCCAUCAGUCACCUUUUCAGCCGUUGUUGAAAAGUGCAAUGACAAAAAAAAUUCGUUUUUAUGCAAUCAUCCUUUAAAAUAUUACAAACAAGAAUCACUCGUACCGAUUAUAAUUGGAAUGAAUUCUGGAGAAGGUGGUUUUUUUGCAUCUCGAUUGUAUAACGAAAACGGUCUUAUCUACUCUGAAUUUGAAGACAAUUUCAGACGAGUAGUACCUUUAAUGCUGCUAUAUCAUUUUACUGCUUCGUACAAAGACGUUGAAUUGAUUAGCGACAAAUUAAAACAGCAUUACUUUCCAGAAGGGACGUCGAUUGAAGAAAAUCCUAAAAAGACAGUCGAUAUGAUCACUGGUGGUAUAUUCUUAAAAGGGGUUAUUGACAUGGCCAAUAAUGUAAUGUCACCUGUACACUUUUAUGUAUACGAUUAUGUAAACAAGCAUUCAUUAAAUACAUUCUUCGGACCAUGUCCAAAACACUUAGGUGUCACUCACGGUGAUGAAAUGAUUAGCCUUUUCGAUUUCAUAGGCAAGCGAUUAAACACACAAGACGAAAAUGUGUCUAAACUUAUGGUAGACAUUUGGACGAAUUUCGCUAGCUCUGACAAGUUGACUACAGACGGCAAAAGUACAGGAACCACUUGGCCGAGAUAUAACAAAAAGGAUAAUAUGAAAUAUUUAUUAAUAAAAUCAUCUACACCUAUUUUGUCUGAAAGACCAUUUAUGGACGAGUACAACUUUUGGAGCGGACUACCACUGACGCCUUUUGUCAAUAACAGUCGAGAAUAUUCCAGGAUUGAACUUUAAAUGUGUAUUUAUUUAAGUUUGAGAAAAAUACAUAAUUAUUUUUAUACGCUUUAGUAGACUGAAAAUAUUUAUUAAUAUUGCCAAAACCAAUUUUUAAGUUGAUAUUAUUUGUCUUGUCCUAUGAAAAUAUAAAACGAUGCCAACAAUAAUUGUUAAUAUUUAUCUAGUUUCAGGCAUGUAAUAUAUAUACGCAAGAAGAUUUGAAUUUGAAGAUGGUUUAAUAUGGAAUGUUGGAUAAUAUAUCUCAUUGACGGUUGACCACACAUUAGGUUUUUUCGUUCUGAAAUCGUGAGAGCUACUAUAGUAACAAUUUAUCUUAUUAAUAAUAAAUUAUAAUAUUUAAAGUACACUUGUAUUAUUGAUAA